AAGAUGGCGUCUCCUCCCGCGGGGGGCCCGAUGGCGAUCGCGAUGCGGCUCCGGAACCAGCUGCAGGCCGUCUACAAGAUGGACCCGCUGCGGAACGAGGAGGAGGUGAAGGUGAAGAUGAAGGAGCUGAACGAGCACAUCGUCUGCUUCCUCUGCGCCGGCUACUUCAUCGACGCCACCACGAUCACCGAGUGCCUGCACACCUGUGAGGAGAGGAGGAUCCGGGAGUUCUACCAGUCCCGAGGGCUGGAGCGGGGCAGCCAGGCCAGCCACGAAGACCCUGCCUCGGACCGCGUGGGCCUGCCCUACACCACCUUCGACCACUCACGGGCUCAUUAUUACCGCUUUGACGAGCACGUCACGCUGUGCCUGGAGAAGCAGAGCAGCUCUGGGAAAGAGAAGAGCAAACACGUCCUGCAGCAAAAGUACGUCCGCUGCUCCGUGCGGGCCCAGAUCCGCCACCUCCGCCGGGUUUUGUGUUGCCGACUGGAACUGGCCUUGCAAUAUGUACAGAUCCUGUUUGACAACGAGGUGCUUCCGGACCACCUGACUUUGAAGCAACUUUGGCUCACCCGUUGGUUUGGCAAGCCGGCCCCGCUGCACCUGAACUACAGUGUGAAGGAGAAGAGGAGGUAGGGGGCGAUGGACCGUGAUGUACCCUUCCCCCCCCCUUUUAAUUUAAGGAUCUCCGCUCUUCCGUGGGCGUUUAUUUUUGUAAUAAAAAGGCUGAUGGAGGCCUUCUGGCUCCUUCAA